UAGACUGUCACUCUCACUUCUAACCUUCAACCUAUAUUUAGGGCUUCAUCUUAUUUCACUUCAGAUCCAAACAAAUCAAAACCCCACAUCAAAAUCUACAACCUUUUGUUUAAUUUCAUGGAAUCUCUUGAUUCGGAUCACAAUGUCGGACCUGGGUUUCCUCUUGAAACGGGUUCCGACCCGAAACAGAGCAAUGGCGGUGGUGCUAGAGGUGAAGUUGACACGUCAGCACCGUUUGAGUCCGUGAAAGAGGCUGUGACCCGAUUCGGUGGAGUCGGGUUCUGGAAACCCCAUUCUAAACAUCUUCAUGCUUCUGAGAAUGACGGUGAAGAAGAGUUUGAUGCAGCAAAAGCCGAAGAGCAGGCUGUGCAGUUAGCAAACGAUUUGAUGGUGAAAGAAAGGGAAACACUUGAAGUCUUGAAAGAACUCGAAGCAACAAAGAGUCUUGUCGAAGAAUUAAAAGUCAAACUUCAGAAAGAAUCAGCCGCAGUCAACGAUCAACUGAAAGAAGUCAAAGAAUCAAGAGAUGGAAAUGACGAAAACGCCCUUGAAACGCAAUCAACUCCAAGUUUCAUUCUGAUGGAAUUGAAGCAGGCUAAACUUCACUUAACAAGAACAACAAAUGAUCUUGCUGACAUCAGAGCAACUGUGGAAACUUACAGCAAAAUGAUCGAGAAAGAAAGAUUCGAACUCGAGAAAACCCGUCAGCGAUUAUCUUCAAGUUCUUCAAAAACGUCGUCUUUGAAAGACGUUGACUUUCCGAAGGAGCUUCAUAGGUUAACUUCCGAAACAGAAGAGUUCAAGAAGGUAGGAGAGGUAGCAAAAUCCGAAGUUUUAAAAUCAAUGAAUCAAAUCAAACAAACUAAAAGAAAAAUCAAAACAGCCGAAAUCCGUCUGAUCGCCGCUAGAAAGUUGAAGGAAGCGGCUAGAGCCAGUGAAGCUCUUGCGCGAAUUGAAAUGAAGUCAAUAUCAGAAAGUCAAACGUUAUCGGAAGGUGACGGUGUAACUCUUUCGUUUGAAGAGUACAAUUCUUUAAAAUCGAAAGCUCGAGAGGCUGAAGAAUCUUUAGUUAAAAAAGUCAACGAAUCGGUGGUCAAAGUCAACCAAUCCGAGAUCUUGAACAGGGUAGAGGAAGCAACAGAAGAAGUAAUACACAGUAAGAGGGUUCUCGAAGAAGCGUUGAGUAAAGCGGAAGCUGCUAACAACGACAAGUUAAAAGCGGAAGAAGCUCUUAGAAAGUGGCGGUCAGAUCAUGGUCAAAGAAGAAAGUCAACGGUUCAAAACUCGCCGAAGUUCAAGAAUUCUUCGAGUAGGAACAACGCUCGUUUGUUGGACGUAAACGGGGCCCAUUUGGGAGGUAACGUGACGAAUCCUAUGUUGGCAGGUCCCAUUUUGGCGCCCACGAUGUCGAUUGGGCAGAUUUUGAGCCGGAAGUUGCUUUUGACAGAAGAGUAUUAUGAGAAAAGUGACAUGAAAAGGAAGGUUUCUUUGGCGCAAAUGUUGAGUAAACCUACUAUUAAUGGCGGUGGUGGCAGCGGCAAUGGUGGUGGCGGUGGUGGGGGUGUUGAUGGCUGCAGAGGGGUGAAAGGGAAGAGAAAGAAGUUUGGGUUUGGUCGAAUUCAGUUUCUAGUGACGAAACCGAGCAAGAAGAAGAAGAAACAUAGUGUAAGUCCACGCCUUUCGAGCACCACUGGUUAGAAAGUUUUUUCUGUUUCGGAUCUGAUAUAACUCUAGGAUUUUAUUAAUUUGUUUAUUUGUUUGUUUUUCAUGCUAAAAACCAUGUUGCUUUAGAUAUUAUUCGCUGUUAGAUAUAGAUAGGCAACGUGAUUAUAAUACCCUAUCCCUGUAAAAAUCGGUUGCAUAUGGUUAUUGUUUAAAUAUAUCAAUGUUUGUAAUUUUUCUUUAAA